UCAUCAAAUUUAUUUAUUCUUGCAUUCUGGAUGAUCCACAUUCAUCCCGAAGUGAAAGUGCGUUUACUUGAGGAGAUUAAAUCCAUAUUUGGAAAUCUAUUGAACCGUCGUAUAACCAAUGAAGAUCUAGACAAUUUAAAAUAUUUGGAUGCGGUAAUCAAAGAAACAAAUCGCAUCCAACCUAUUGUGCCAGUAAGCGGUAGAGACCUCUCCACUUCAUCUGACACGAUCGCAGGAUAUAAAUUCGACUCUCGUGCGUCAUUCUUUAUAAAUAAUUUAUAUAUUCAUCGACACGAAGAUUAUUGGAGGGAACCUAAUAAGUUUAUGCCGGAAAGAUUUCUAAACGAUAAAAUUGUAAAAAAUAGUUACGUUCCUUUUGGAGGUGGAAUUCGUAUUUGUCCUGGGAAAUUAUCGGCCAUGACACAGAUUAAAACGUUGCUUAUUUUAUUCCUUAUGAAAUAUAAUGUUGAAUUGGUUGAUAAAGAGACUCCUUUGCAACGUAUUUAUGCCGGACUUAACCUUUAUCCUUGUUUAAUG